AUGGCCGGCGCGUCCAAGCUGGAAAAGUUACCGCCAUGGGGUAACGCCGUGGCUGGUUCUGCGGGCGCAGUCCUCGCGAAUGCAUUGGUAUAUCCACUGGACAUUGUAAAAACCAAAAUCCAAGUCCAGGUCAAGCGCGCUCCCGGGUCCUACGCCGAAGCUGCUGCCAGCUCCACCGACGAUGAGCACUAUGCUUCCACUCUUGAUGCUAUAUCAAAGAUCACGAAGGCGGAGGGACUCGCGGGACUGUACGCUGGGAUGCCAGGCGCUCUGAUCGGCGUCGCUUCCACGAACUUUGCCUACUUCUAUUGGUAUACCAUCGUUCGCACUCUUUACCUGCAAUAUUCGAGCGCCCCAGGCACAGCUGCUGAAUUGUCGCUUGGGGCCGUCGCUGGAGCCGUCGCCCAGUUGUUCACCAUCCCGGUAGCUGUUGUCACGACGCGACAACAGACGACGAGCAAGCAUGAGCGAAAGGGUCUACUUGCUACAGGCAAGGAGGUCAUCGACAGUGAGGACGGUUGGACGGGGCUUUGGAGAGGAUUGAAGGCAAGUUUGGUGCUCGUGGUGAACCCGGCCAUCACAUACGGUGCCUACCAGAGAUUGAAAGAGGGCUUGUUUCCGGAUAGAACCGCGCUCAAGCCAUGGGAAGCUUUCGCCCUCGGUGCCAUGUCCAAGGCACUCGCUACCAUAGCCACACAGCCGCUUAUCGUUGCUAAAGUCGGUUUGCAGUCGAAACCACCGCCAGCAAGGAACGGUAAGCCUUUCAAGAGCUUCAUUGAAGUCAUGCAGUACAUCAUUGAACACGAAGGUCUUCUGGGCCUGUUCAAAGGUAUCGGUCCUCAGAUCCUGAAAGGCUUGCUCGUUCAAGGAUUCCUCAUGAUGACGAAAGAGCGCAUCGAGCUCUCCUUUAUCCUACUCUUCAGAUACCUCCGCCAGGUGCGCGCCGAGAAGCUCCAAAAGCUUGCCGAUCUCGCUGCCAAGAAGGCUCAAGAGAGCAGGCCUGUUUUUCUAAAGUAG